GCUGAUUGUGCUGUUCUUAUACCAGGUCUGUGGGUCUGAAGCAUGAUCUCGCAAAGUCAUCUGUGAAUGCAGCAUCCAACGAGUUGUUGCAGCUCUCAACAACAUAGCAAAAAAUGUCAUUAAGUGGCCAGCAGAAGAUCAUCUUGAUCCUGUAAAACAAAAGUUUCAGCGUCUUUCCAAUAUGCCAGAUGUAAUUGGUGCGAUUGAUGACUGUAAUAUAAGCAUUGAGGCUCUUAAGGAACGCUCACUGCAUUAUAGGACAAGGAAGAAAGAAUAUGCUGUAGUUCUUCAGACAGUGUGUGAUUCAGAACUGAGGUUUACUGACUGUUUUGCUGGUUCAGUGGGUGAUCGACGCAUUUUCCGGAACUCUGACUUGUUUCUAGAUGCAGAGCGUAAUGUGUAUACUCUCUUCCCAAAUGGUGAAUACAUCAUAGCUGACAAGGCAUACCCUGACACGAGCAUAGAAGCGCUUCAAUACAGUACUGUCGCAGUCAAGACAAAUCGUUGAACGUUUUUUUGUACUUGUUCGAGAGCGCGCGGUAGCGCGAGAUAGCGCGAGGUGGAAGACGACCACAAGAAAGACACAGCACGUAACACGAAAAAUAAAAGUUUAAUAAUGUCUGAAUUUUAAUACAUCCACAAAUAUGUACAAUGAUUCCCUUUCAGGAACAGGUCGCAAGCGAUAGCGAGCACAAGCGUCAGCACAGCGCGACGGCGAAAGCAAGCGCGCACGAAGUAGCGGUAUAGCGGUGUGGAAAAUUGCGAAGCGAUAACCGGGCGUAAAGCCGAAAAGCGGACAAGCGUUUCCGCGGCGCAGCGGCGGUCUUUUAUCGUCUUGGAGACGAGCCUCCCUCCAGGCUAAUUGCCGAUAAUUUCGGGGAGGUGAUUGGCCACCGGUGGCCUAACGUCACCGUGCAUACGUCACCGUUUCAAGUGACGACCCGAGAAGAUCGUUACAUGUUUGCGCUCGUUUUGUUUGUAGCUUGAAUCUUUCUAUUGUGUGAGCGCGGUGGCUUGACUUUAUUUGUGCCCUCUGUCAGCUGAGGCUGUGUUUGCAAGCAAUUAGCGAACUUUCCAGAACGCGAGCAAUAGAAAGAUCCAUGCUAUAACACUAAACUUUAACGUCGACAAAUUUAAUGCUGACGAGGCUGCUUGAAUUGCGAUUGCGAUAACGCGUUGGAUAUUUUUAUCAGUUAGAUUGCUAGAAUGCGUAUAAGUUGCGAUGACUUUACUUCCUGAAACGUACGCGAAGAUUGCGCAUGAUCUCAAACAAUACUGCUAAAGGGAAAAUUUCGACAACUGAAGCAUUUAGAUAUGAAAGUGGUAGACUUAAUUCCAAGUUUUAUUCUUGCUUGUUGUGUGCUGCACAACAUUUGUCUGGAUGGGCUUGAAGAGGACCAAGUAGAAGAAGAUAAUGUUAAUGAUUUCAUUGGGGAAGGUCUUGAAGUUGUAAAGCAACAAGAACGGGAGAAUGAUGAUGAUGAUAAUAGCAUACGCUUUCAAGAGGGUGAAGCUAAGAGAGCCCACUCGUAAGCCCACUUGUGGCCCUUUUCGUAAGAAAUGAUUGACAGAUCCACUGUUGUCAUGUGUAAUGCAUAAAUCAUAUGAUAUUGUAUGAAUGCUAUUCUACAAAUGGCAAUUAAAAUAUAAAAGCCAACUUUUAAAAAGUUUUUCAGCAAUAGAAAUUGACUUAAAACUAAAGUUGACGUCAA